AUGACUCUUCAACAGCAUCCACCGAAGAAAAGAGAUAGAACCAACGAGAAUUGCGACAAAGCGAUCAAAAACAUCAUGUGGCGUUGUGAGCAGAUAAGACGGCGGUACGGGGCCGACUUGUACAUCCAAGUCCGCUACAAGCACAGAUACUAUGAGUACACGUCCUCAAAUGAGCAAAAUUUCCCCAGAUCUAGGGAUGAACUGGUAAGUCGAAUCACAUAG